UACAAAACUCAACCCGCGCAAAUCCGCCCAGCCCACGUCUGCCGACUGUCUUCUUGUUGCCUUAUCAUCGCGAGACAGUUUGUCGGAACUUUAAACGAACUCUGCGUAGCGUAGUGGCGGUGGAAGAUCGGAUCUUGGCCUCGCUGCGGUUUCGUUAAGUCGAGUAGCAGUAGAUUUCGAGUUGUAGUCGAGCAGACGAGCAGCUUUCUUUUCACCGCUCGCACCUUUGGCCACCGCCGCCUCUCCGUUCGCGCGGCUGACUUACCGACUGAAAUAACGCAGGAGGAAAGAAGUGAUGAUAUGCAGUGCCUUUGCCCUUUAGGCUGUAUCGAAGUCGAAGAGACGAUCGAGAGGCUAGUUUAUUAAUCACCGGGCAUCGGCCGCCUCACCACCAUGCUUUCUUUCUCAACAACUAGAUCUACUCCAGACAUUCAUUGUUGGUAUGAUUCAGAUGAACAAGACUUGAGAGAGUGAGAGAGUGAGUGUGUAACUAGAGGAUUCUUCUGGCCCACUCAUCUUGUCAACCAGAGUGCGCGGGAUCUACAUUCUAGCUAGAUCUAGAUCUAGAUUUAUCUAGUUUCUAGAAGCUAGCGCUUCAAGUGAACAGUUUCUCAUUGACCACGUAGAGAUUAUCUUCUAUGUGUUUGUACGCGCGUGUGUGUGCGUGCUUGUGUGUGUAGCAGUUUAACAGUUUCUUUCACGACGUGUCGUGUCGGCGGAUAGCUACUUCUCGGAUGACUAUUUUUCUCCUCAUAUACUCGGCUGUGUAGACAGACCCCCGCUCUCAAAUCUGGGUUUCAAUUUAAGCAGCGGCAGUUGCAACAUCUGGCCAAAGUCAGCGAGGACAGUCUUAUUCAAGAUAUGCAUCCAACAGGCUGUCUUCUUCCUCCUCCUCCUCUUCCCCGUACUCCUCCGCUUCGCUGUCGUCAUCGUCUUCGUCGCAGUCGUCGUCCUCCUCUUCCUCUCAGAGGUCAUCGGGGUCAAGAUACCCUGGGUACAGGCAGAGCUCGGGCAAGUCCUCACACCGUGGUUCUAGUGGGAGAAGACACAGCCCGCGUAGUAGUCAGCCUAACAUAGUGGUGAUUAUGACGGAUGACCAGGACGUGUUGUUGGGCUCACUGAACUACAUGCCCAAAGUGCAGAACCUGUUGAUCCGGCCAGGUGCCUACUUCAACAACUCGUUCGUGCCUACGCCGAUGUGUUGCCCCUCUCGCAGCACAUUCCUGACAGGCAUGUACGUGCACAAUCACAACGUGUACACCAACAAUGAGAACUGCUCCUCCACACAGUGGCAGAAACACUAUGAGUCGAGAAACUUUGCCACGUACAUCAAUGAGACGUAUACAACAGGUUACUUUGGCAAAUACCUGAACGAGUAUGACGGCGGCCACACCCCUCCAGGCUGGAGUCGCUGGGUAGGAUUGGUCAAGAACUCCCGGUUCUACAACUACACGGUGGUCAACGAGUGGGGUCAGAAGACCAAGCACGGAGAUAAUUACUACAUGGACUACCUCACGGACCUGGUGGCUAAUGAUAGUGUAUCAUUUCUGCACUACAGUAAGAAGAGAUUCCCCAGCAAGCCUUUGAUGAUGGUUUUGAGUGUCCCUGCCCCACAUGGCCCAGAGGAUGCAGCCCCACAGUACCAGCACAUGUUUGUCAAUAACACCGCUCAUAGAACACAGGCCUGGAAUUACGCCCCAAACCCAGACAAACAGUGGCUGCUGCAAAAUAUUUAUCCCAUGAUGCCUCAGUACAAACUGUUCACCGACCUCCUCCAGCGACGCAGGCUCCAGACUCUCCAGUCCGUGGAUGAUCUGGUGGAGAAGGUAGUGGGAACCUUGGACUUACUGGGAGAACUGGACAACACGUACAUCCUUUACACAUCUGACCAUGGCUACCAUCUGGGUCAGUUUGGACUCAUCAAGGGCAAGGCCAUGCCAUUCGACUUUGACACGAGAGUUCCACUCAUUGUACGAGGACCAGGGAUACGGCCUGGCACUGUAAUUUCCAACAUAGUCAGCAAUGUGGACAUUGCUCCUACAAUCCUUGAUAUUGCUGGUAAGAAAGUUCCAGACCACAUGGAUGGACAGUCGGUUUUGAAGUUGAUCAAAGGAGCGAAGGACCCUAAAAAUGUGGAUCAAAGAGGCUUUGUUAGCCUGAAACGUCCAUGGAGAGACACCAUUCUGUUUGAGAGAGGGAAGCUCUCGGAGAAGAUUAUGAAGCAGCGAAUGAGAACAGAGGAAAUGAGCAUCUUCAACCAGAUGGGCAACAAGAGAAAUCUGCACUUUUACAUCCCGCCUCGAACGAGGAAAUUGGCCAUGGAGUGCUCCAAAGGAGAAAACAGACUACCCUGCAAACCCUUCCAGAAAUGGUACUGUAUUGAGGACAACGGUCGACUGAGAAGACACAAGUGUCGCAACAAAGGUUCCAUCAACACAAGCGGUGACGGGGUCAUGCAGAGAGACGAGGCCUCGGAAGGAGAACCCUGUUCAUGUAGCCGGGCCAAAAGGAUGCGCAGGCUGGGUAGGAUUGAGAGAAAGAGGCAGCGUCGUUUCUUGAAAAAGCAGAUUGGCAGAGAUUACAGACCAAAUAAUUUCCGCUUCAAAAGAUCCACUGGGAUUGCUGUCAAUACUUCAAGCACAAGUGGAGGAUUCAAUGGUUUUGACGCUAUGUUCAACAGACGAUGCAGAAUUCUUGCAAAUCAGUCAGUUUUGUGUGACCUUGACAUUUAUCGCAAAGCAUCUGAGUGGGAGAGCCACAAGGAGCGAAUUGAUGACAUGAUCAAGGAAUAUAGGAAAGCCUUAGAAGAUUUGAGGGACAUUAGACGCCAUUUGAGGAAACAGAGACCUUUGGAUGCUGAAGAUGAUGACAUGAGUGAUGAAGAGGAUGAGAAAAACUGGAAUGAUGACAGUGAAGAAGAUUGUGACUGUGAUGAACAGGAAACUGACCUGACACCUCAACAGAGACGGCGGAUGAAAGACAGAGAGAGUCGGAUUGAGGCAAGAUUGAAGAGGAGAAAGAUGAGGAGACAGAGAAGAAAAAGGAAGAAUGACAAUUGCAAUAAUGAAAAUAUGAACUGCUUCACACACAAUAAUGACCACUGGAAGACUCCACCUUAUUGGCAUUAUGGCCCCUUUUGCUUUUGCUCUAACGCCAACAACAACACAUUCUGGUGUCUGCGGACUAUUAACCAGACUCAUGACUUUGUCUACUGUGAGUUCAUCACGACCUUCAUGAGCUAUUACGAUCUACUCACAGAUCCAUUUCAGCUGAAGAACACAGUGACUGAGCUCAACUAUGGUGUUAUACAGCAGCUGCAUGAGGCUCUCAAAAAGUUGAAGCACUGUAGUGGCAGUAAGGACUGCACUAUGUCCAGUAACCAAAAAAAUCAGUUGCCGCAUGAACCAGACUGGCCUGGACUGAGAAACUUACGUCAGUCAUCGAGGAAUACUCAGUAUGAGGAUGAGGACAAAACAUACAAGGAUGACUUAUAUUCUCUUGGGAGGAAAAGCUUUGAGACAAAAUUCAGUAGUGAUCUAGAUUAUGAGUAAGGACAUCUUACAUCAGUAUUCUGUGACCAAUGCUUGGAAGGAAAUAUUUUUUGUCCUGGUUGCAAUAAUUUCAUGUCAUGACUUUAAAAAUAUUUACAAUUAUAAUUUUUGUUUGUUUCUUCAUGUUAUGAGCUUGUUUCUACUUACAAUAUUAUUAAAGACUUCUGUAAAAAAGAAUAGUUUGACUGUUUGUUUGAUUUCAAAUGCUGGAUGUUUUUUUCCCUUUUAGAUAGAAUUACUGUGAGUUGUGAAGGAUUUUAUCCUUGUGUGGGAAAUGAUUUCAUUUUGAGAAUUUUUAUAAAGAUAAUAAGGAUGAGAAGACUGUCUGUAAAAAUUCAAAUGUCUGUAAUAUUUCAAAUUUCUAAAGAAUUAAUUUUUAUGUUGCCUUCAAAGGUUGUAGGAUUGUCAAUAAUGAGAGGCCUUGUUUAGUUUUAUUUAAUUAGUUAUAUAAAACCCUUUGGUGAAGUCAUUUCAGGAUUUGAUUUUAAAGAACAGUUGGAAUCCAGAUUGAAUUGAGUUUUUUUCCCCCCCUUUUUAAAUACUUUUAAAGAAAUGCACUUUGGCUUGGUAGUGAUCUUAUGGUGCAGGGAAAAGCAUGAUAGACAGAACAACCGAUUGAAAGAAAAGAAGCAGGACUUACUCAUGGUUCCUUUCUAUGCAUCAAUUGUAGGGCUUAUUGUUUGUAAUGUGAUGGCGAACAGGUUCAAGGGAUGUGACAAAGGAUAUGCCAUUUUCAUAUCCUGGUAUUUACAUGAAUUGUUUCCCCUCAUUAUUCUAUUGUGUCAGAUGAUUUUUACUUCGUCUUCGAGAAAGUUAUGAAUGGAUCUUCCUAAACAGGUGUGUGUUAUAGUAUUGUGCAAACAGGUGUGUAUUAUAAUAUUUUGCAUUUGAAUAAAUUGGCUAA